AUGACGUCCGCACGUCUUGUGUACGUUAUUUCUCCAGCUAAGACACUUGAUUUAUCAAUCUCAUCAAUCUCUCAAUGUUCUCAACCGCGUCUGCUUUUAAAAACGCAUCAGUUGGUCGAAGAGCUUCAAAAGUUAUCGCAAGCUAAAGUAAAGUCAUUAUUAAAGGUGAAUGACACACUGGCGAAGCUUAAUUACGAUCGAUAUCAAAUGUUUGACAUGUCAAACACAGCGACAAAGGCACAACAUCCAAGUGUGACACUAAAACAAGCAGCUUUAACUUUUAAUGGUCCUGCAUAUCAGAGUUUAAAUGCCUAUACUCUAUCCGAAAGAGAUCUCGAGUUUGCUCAGCAUCAUCUCUGCAUUUUGUCUGGUCUUUAUGGAAUUUUGCGACCAUUGGACUUGAUUCAACCAUAUCGGUUGGAAAUGGGUCAGAAAUUUUCCACAUCAAAAGGUCAAGAUCUUUAUGACUUUUGGGGGAAGAACCUCAUUGUGGAAUUAGACGCAAUGUUUUGUAAACAAGAAGCUCAAGAUAAAGUCAAGUUACCACGAAUUUUAAUCAAUUUAGCAUCACAAGAAUAUUUCAAGUGUUUAUCUCAAUCAGCACUUGAAACUGCAGGUAUUACAGUCGUCAAUUGUGUAUUUCAAGACGAUGAACGUGUGAUGUCACUUGAAGAUGUUUCAAAAUUUCAUGUCGAAGGAUAUCAAUUUUCAACUUUAGCAUCGAAUUCUCAGACAUUUGUGUUUCAGCGAUCAAAUAAAGAUCAAAAGGUUGGAAGGCAGAAAAUGACGAAAAAGUCGCUUGCAAAGCGUGAAACGAGAGAGGAUGAACACAAGGAUGAAAUGAAGCUUCAAGUACGUGCGAAAAGAGCGAAAUAG